AUGGGUGCAAGCGAUUCCAAGAUUGUCUUUAAACAGGGCAUUUUCAAGCUUUCAGAAGAACGACACAUUCCCGCGGACGAUCCUUAUUGGACUUCGUUUUGGGAGCUGCCUGAUUCAUCCGAAGACAUUUUCAGCCUCUUCUCGCCGACUGAUAUUCGUAGGACAAGGGACAAAGCUUUGGAGAACAUUGAAACGUUGAUACUAGCGUUGACAUCUCGGCUCUUCAUUCUUCGACACCACCCAUCCUUCCCCGACCCGGAGCUCGCUCCCGAGAAGGACGCCUUGAAUUGCAUCCGCGUGCUGACCCGAAUUCUACCAUAUCUAUACGAGAAGGACAGCCUCGCAACCUGGGAACAGCGGUUUUUUUGGGGCACCCGUCGGAAGAGGACCCGCCAUGCCGUCAUUGCCAACGAGGUACUUUUCGAUGAGGCGGACGACGACAAGCCGGAGCCGAAGCAAAACGUCGAUGAAUAUGAGGACGCCAAGCCACUGGCCGAGGAGAUUAUAGAUACAUUAAUCGACCUGCUGUUCUUCUCCGACCUGACUAUCGCUAGGCAACCACACGGCCAUGACAAGGUAACGUAUGCUAUAUGGCAAAGCGGAGUAGGUUGUAAUACCGCAGUCGCCACGACAAAGGAGUUUGAAAGCAAUCGGGCCGAGGUACUACGAUUGUUGCUAGCCAUGGCCGGUCAAAGUAUGUACAUGACACCUGGUGUGCUGACGCAAACCGGCGUGCGGACCUUGACAUAUAUGUGUACAAGCCAGGACAAGCAAAUUGUCCUAUCUGUCCUAUGCUCUCUUUUAAACACGACAUUGAAAUACAACCCGGCGAGCUGGCGGGUGCCAUAUAACAACCUGGUAUUCCGCGACUCCAAACAGAGCCUGGUAACCUACUCUCUACAAUUCCUGCUCGCGUUGAUCGUGUAUCCAAUACCAGAGCACGCGUCACAAUCGGCGCCACCGUUGAAGAACUACUACCGCCACUUCCUGGGUCGCCUACAUAGACCUCAGGAUUUCCAGUUCAUUGUCGAUGGAAUGUCCAGAAUACUUAGCCAACCGCUAACCGAAAAGAGCUCGUAUUUGCCAGGGAGCCAGGCUUCCAGCAGCUUUGCGCCCGAAAUCUUGAUGCUUUUCUGGGAGACGACGCAGUCCAACAAGAGAUUUCGUUCCUUCAUAAUUGACACUGAUCGAGUGUAUGAUUUCGUGGUCUUGACCAUGUUUUACGCCGUCGAAUACAAAAACGACGCCGCAAAGCAAGGAGUGGUUCGCAUGUGUGCUUUUCUGCUACAGACCCUAAGCGUGGAUUCCAACUUUGGGCCUUGCUUGAACAGGAAGUUUGAGGGUCAAGAUAGCCUUCCUGCGGGCAUACGCAUCAACGGGUUCAGAGGCACGUACUGUGAUUUCCUGAUCCACUCCAUCUACAACCUCAUUACUUCGAGUCAAGGGAGCUUUGCAGCCAUUUAUCCGGCUCUCUUGGCCGUCAUCAACAAUAUCGCGCCACAUAUCGAAGGCCUCGGUGCCUCGGGCAGCUCGCAGCUCAUGCACAUGUUUUCCUCCAUGUCAUCGCCUUCUUUCCUCCUCGCCAACGAAACCAACCACCAGCUGCUGCACUCGCUCAUGGAAUCCAUCAGCGCCGUUAUCGACAACAACUACCGCAAGAAUCCCGAGUUACUGGUCGCCAUUGUCAACAACAGAAAGCGAGUCGAGGCCUUGCGCUCAUUUACGCUCGAGAGCGGCCAGGAAGAAAUAGAGCGCCGAACCCGGAUGAGGAAGGACCGAGGCGACUCCCUCGAUUCCGGGUCGUUGAGAAACUCUGUGGAUAGCUCGAGGAGCUCAUCUGUCGUGCUCGCCAAAUCACCGUCGUCGUCGGAUGAAGUCCCCGAGGACGGAACGUUUGCUAUAGGAGGCUCGGAUGAAGAAAGUGAUGACGAUCCGCAGCCCACUCCCGCCCAGUCGACGGCAAGCGAGAACCAGUCACAAUCGUCUUCCGUUUUCAACGUGGACGACGCAGUUCCGGUCCAACUGCGCGGCAUGUCCGAGAAGGCCCGUGGUAAAAUGCCCGCAGGGGCAGGGUCCUUCUCGAGACAGAACAGCACCACCAGUCUUGGCACCCAGUCUUGUUCGUCCAGGGCCCGGAAUGGCUCUUUCGAACCAACGUCGCAGUGGAUCGAUGGCUGGCUGCCGGAACUUCCGCUGCACAGCAUCCUGACGGUGAUCCAACAGGUGUCAAGCGUCCUGCCUCGUCAAGCUGGCCGAGAGGCUUUAACCACCGAGGUUACCCGCCGCAUCAAGGGCAUCGAGCUGGUGGGCAUAGAGCCCUCGCCGGCGCGCGUGCAUUCCUUUGAAUGGUCCCCUCUUGCCCUGGGGUGGUACGAGUCGCUGCUGUGGGGAGUCAUCUUUUCCAGCGAGGUGCAGAUGGCAAAAGGCACGAUGGGCAUCUGGAACGGGACAGCCAUCAAGUUGUUUCGAGUGCAAGAAACGGCUCCGACAGGACCUAGCUUGACCUCGCCUAGAGGGGCGGUAGACGCCGUCGGCAGCAACAUUGUGUCACGCAUCGGACAGAUUAAUCUACGAGGCGGCGGAUCAUCGUCAGCCAAAAACCUGACGAGCGGCCACAGUCCGCCGCCAGGCCCAUAA